UUUGACCAUAGACAAGACACACCUACACUCACAACAAAUUAAAAUUUCUCCCUCAUCCCGAGGUACUGUAUCGUCCCGUCAAGCGUGGCUAAUCAAGGCACCAAAAGGAAAAUGAGCAGCUCGGAGGAGGUAUCAUGGAUUUCAUGGUUCUGCGGCCUACGGGGAAACGAAUUCUUUUGCGAAGUGGAUGAAGACUACAUAAACGAUAAAUUUAACUUGACUGGACUCAAUGAGCAAGUGCCUCACUACAGGCCGGCCUUAGACAUGAUUUUAGAUCUGGAACCUGAUGAUGACCUUGAUGAGAAUCCAAACCAGUCAGACUUAGUGGAGCAGGCUGCUGAAAUACUCUAUGGCUUAAUACAUGCUCGUUACAUUUUAACGAACCGAGGAAUCGGUCAAAUGCUAGAAAAAUUCGAACAGGGUGACUUUGGGCACUGUCCACGUGUAUAUUGUGAAUGUCAAACCAUGCUACCCAUUGGUCUAUCAGAUGUCCCUGGUGAGGCAAUGGUAAAGCUUUAUUGUCCACGUUGUAUGGACGUCUACACGCCGAAGUCGUCGAGACACCAUCACACCGACGGUGCUUUCUUUGGCACAGGGUUCCCACAUAUGCUGUUCAUGGUCCACCCUGAGCACCGAGCAAAGCGUCCAGCCUCACAGUUUGUGCCUCGGCUUUAUGGAUUUAAGAUUCAUCCGCUUGCGUACCAGAUUCAGCAACAAGCGGCAGCAAACUUCAAACCACCAAUCCGGACCCUCGCGUACAACAACGAAACGAAGACUACGAGUAACAUUCCAAAAUGAUUGUUAGCCCACCGAUGUGCCGCAACCCUCAUGCUGAUGGAUGGCAAGGAUAGUGGUGCUGAAUUCUUAAAGCAUAACAAAUAUUUAUAAAUAAUACUAAAU